ACACAGUUUUGUCUUCAUGGAGGACUAUGAUGUGGAUAUGGACGAGGAUGAGGAGGGAGAGGUGUUUAUGAGAAAGGCCACAACGGGCCAUUGGUGGGAGGACUGUGGGGAUGAUGGCAACUGUGACACGCAACACCAGAGAGGGGGAAGAGGCUGCAUGGUAAACAGCCGCAGCUGGGCCGAGGAGCUCCAGGAUAUCUUUGCACCACAGGCAGAGGACUGUUACAGUGGAGGACGAACCAGACUCUCCAGCAUCUCUGCCCAGAGGAAUGAGAGAGAGUCCAUCAGGCAGAAACUUGCCCUUGGCAGUUUCUAUGACGACGAGCCAGUCAUCUACACCAGCUGCAGCAAGAACGGCCCGUCCUCCCGGCUGCAGAGUGGGGUGAACCUGCAGGUGUGUUUCGUCAAUGACAGCAGCAGUGACAAAGACAGCGAUGCUGAGGACAGCAGGACCGAGACCAGUUUGGACACACCACUGUCACCAGUGAGCAAGCAGAGCUCCUCGUUAUCGGACCGGGACACGGCAGAGGAGGACUCAGACCCGUUGGAUGACUGUAGCGGGUUCUGGCGGGUGCAGCGGAGACUGCAGGAGGAGGCCCGGGUGGCGCUGGCUCUAGCUCGACCCAUGGCUCGCAUGCAGGUGGAGGUGGAGAGGCAAAUCCAGCUGCACAGACGUUCACCUGUGGCUGACUUGCUUCCCCAUUUGCCUCACAUCAGCGAGGGUUUAAUGAAGAGGAAUUUGAGGCGAGGAGACAUGAGGGACAUGAGUCUUGGGCAGCUGCAAGUCAUCACAAAUGACUUACACUCACAGAUUCAGAGUUUAAAUGAGGAGCUGGUGCAGUUGCUACUGAUGAGAGAUGAGCUGCAUGUGGAGCAGGACGCCAUGUUGGUGGACAUAGAGGACCUCACCAGGCACGCUCACAGCCAUCAGCGGCACCAGGCAGAGAAAGCUAUCUCUAAAUAAAGACAACCCCCGUCCUCACAUGUGUCCGUCUGCACGCCAUCCAACCAACCUACCGCUUCAUGGACAUGUCACCAGUGUUGCUUAUGAAACUCCAUCUGUGCUGUUUUCUGGAGAGCUGAAUACAGCAUAUAGUGUUAUAACACACACACAUAAUCUGUCAUGCCACAGGAUGUUGUCCAAGGACAGAGGCGAUCACUGCUUUCAGUGUGGACAUGGCUGAGCUUGUGCAGGUUUUUCACUUCCACUCAGCAUGAUUAAUCACCACAUAUUUCACAGAAUUAGGGGAAUCCUCUUGACUUAAUUCCAUACCUAACACUGAUUUACCUCAUAAUUUUGCACAGCGCACUCAUGUAUGUUAAUGAGGGAGCGUCUGCACAAACGUCUUGUCUCCAAAAGGACAAUGACUUUCAGGGGCCACACCUCACUGAAAUUAAGAUGAAUUUAACUUUGUCCUUUGUUUGUCUCUAUAGUAAUCAAGACGAUUCUUCUCUAGAUAUGCCCUAUUUCACCUGUUUAAUCCCUCUUUCACUAGUGUCAUUGCCAUUUAACACUUCACUUUAACAUCUACUGUCUGAGCUGUUGCAACAGAAAACGAUAAACAUUCUGUAUCUGUGCUGAUUUGCAGCUUAGCUUCACAGGUUGUCUAAAUGUUUCACAGGUUAAAGAUUAUUUAGACACAAAAUUGGAUGUAACCGUUUCCACCUGCUUUAAAUGUGUAUUAAGAGCUAUACGGGACAACAUUUUGAACUUUAUUUAGACAAAUUUGUAUUUGUCAAAUGUGGUGAUACUAGAUGAAAUGACAAGAUGUGGGUUCAAAAAUGAUUUUGGGUUAAUAUAUAGAGAUAGACGAGGCAAAAGUGGAGGCAUGUUGACAUGGACAGCCUCUUAAUAAAUAUAUGCAAUGUGAUUUUUGUUAUGCUCAAUCUAAAACAGAGUUUAACAUUCAAAAAAAUGUAAAACAAAUAUACUACAUAAAUCACAGCUGAAACAUAUAUCUAUUUUAUCUGUUUAAAGGUUUAUGGACACACUGUAUGUAAAUGUUAAAAGAUACUUUAUUAAAAGAAUGAACAUGCCUUGUGUUUAGGUGUUUUCACUCUCAGCUUUUUAAGAAUGUCAUUUAACACAAAGUUAAAGUUUCUUUUUCUAUUGUUUGCUCCAUUGAUUAACAUACCGUAUAAUGAUUGUAAAAAGAAAAAAGAAAAAAAAAAAAAAAAAGAAAAAAUCCAAUAAUAAAUGUUUUAGUGGUGUGAA